GCACAGAGCUUCCUAUGUAUGCCAGUUUCUCUCCAGCUGAGAUUUUAGACCGCCACCUCCAGCUAGGAGGUGAGAGGCAUGCUAAAGAAGUGAGAAAUCUCUCCCUCAUCAACCUGGAGCAUGUGAACUGGACACAUUUUGGAGAUGCACGUAAAGGUAUUCUGUUUGUCAGUCAUUUGAAAUUAUUCUUUUGUAUUGGUAUGGUUUGUGACAUUGGUAUUUUCAAGGAAAUCUCCAACCUGAAAGCCCAGAUAUUUCAGCUGGAAACCCAGUUGGGUUUGACCCAGGAAAAAGCAGAUAUGACUCAGGAACUUCAAGAACAGGUCAAUCAUCUAAAUAAAGAAAUUUUAUUAAUGGGAGAGCUUCAACAGCAGUAUAAGGAGCGUCAAGAGGCUAUGAUUAUGCAGAAGGAAGUUCGCCCGCAGACUCUUUAUUUGAUAGACACAUACAAGGCAGAGAAUAACAAUAUCAGGCUAAGUCUGGACCAGAAGACAGUGGAGGUGGAGGGCUACAGGAGUCAUCUGGCCGAGGUGGAGGAACUGUUGAAAAGUAAAGAAAUGGCCAUGGCUGAGGAAAAGAAAACUUUGGAAAGAGUCAAGAACAGGCAUAAAGACCAAAUCAAGGCGAUGGAGGAAAGAUACCAGGUUAUGAAAAAAAUCAACAGGAGACAGGAGUCCCAUAUUUUAGAACUGAGUGAUAAGAUCGACAGGUUAAAAGUACAGGACAAAGCUCAGCAUGAUGCUGGCAACAGCAGCAACAACAGUCGCACAGCGAGCCCAGCGACAUCUUCCCUGAGGUAUGACAGUCCCUAUGGCAACACACCUCCAGAGAGCGCCACUCACUCUCCACACAGUCCACAAAGUCUUGGCAAACACGAAGGUUCGGCUUUCUCUCCUUACCAGGCUGGCAUCUACCCAAGUACUCUUCCCAUGGCAGCAGCAUCAAGCUUUGGACCACGCCACUCUCCACUCAUCACCCCCACAAUUGUCCAAUCAAAACCAGCACUGGGGUCACAUGUUUGUCAUGUGACUUCCUCCCAGCAUGCAGUGGGGUCUGCUCAAGUUGGUGUCAAUAAUCAGUACAUGCAUAGGACUGGGCAUGUAGUUGGUGGUGCUGUAGGUAACAAUAACAUGAAAACGGUGAGCAAAGUCCAGCAGGUGGACCACGAGGUCCAGACUGACCUGACUGGAGAUGAUCUGGAAGGGGUCUGUGGUCAGUUGGCGCCACUUGGUCACCCUUCCUUGGUGACCUCCACCAGUUUGCUUCACCAGCGGAUGUUGGACUCUGCCAGUGUGGACGGCUCACGGCAGUCCUCCAAACAUAGCGCCAUGCUGGACAGUGGCUUCGCAUCAGAGAAACUGAAUUUUUAGUUUAUUCAUUUUCUGAACAGCUGCAUUUUGUAUUAGUGUUUGGCUGACAUACAAUUUUAACAUAAUGUAUUUGAAAGAAAGUGUUCUGAGGGGUGUCAUAUAGGGUAUUACAAUUAAACCUUUAUUAAAUGUACCAAGUUUUUGUAUAACUGCAUGUUCGAACAGCUUCAUGAUUUAGUAUUCUGGAAAUUUUUGUCCAGAAUAAUUAUUGUACCAAUUUUUACACCAUUUCACCAAAAAAUGUCAUGGAAUGCAUUUCCAUCUCAGAUUAUCCUUCAAGUAUAUAUAUUGUGACUCAAUAGUUUUACUCAGUUUUUCAAGAUUUACAUUUUUCUGGUAGGGUAAGUAAAGUACCAUGCAAAGAGAAGUGAAAAUAUGACAAAACCAGAGCCAAAAUUCAUAAGCUUUGUUUUGACUAAAUUUAAAACAGAAGCUUGCAAAUCUACAAUGACAUUGUCAAAUGGGCAAUUUGAUAAGAUUUUUUUUGAAAAAAAUGAAUAGGUCAGCUUCAGUCUGCAAAAUGUGAGCUUUUUUGUUGAAAUUUUUUUCAGCUUCAUUUUUAGUUACAAACCUGUUCUGUUAAUAAAAAUUGUCCAGGCUACCAAGAGGCUUCUUUGUCCUCUGACAUACUGUGACAAUUGUCUUAUUUUUACAGUACCUUCCAAUAAGUAAUCCAAUAAAGGGUGCACUUCUUUCUACUGUAACAUAUAGUAUAAAACUGGGUAUUAAAUGUACCUCAUAUGGUCAUGUUAGGCCAAGUUUUGGAACCGAAGCAGCUCAGCAUCUUCAUUUUCAAAUAUCCAUAGAAACCCAAUUUGAAUUGAGUUCACCAUGCCAAUCACAAAUUUCAGAUUGGUCUACUAGUAUUUAGGAUGUCUGCAGGGGCAGAUCCAGAGAUACUUUCUGACGGACUUCCUA